AUGGUAUCAGAGCGAGAAGAUCCAACUAUGGCAGAUAAUUUAUCUAAUCCGAAUGCAAGCCCUUCAUCAAAUUCCGCUGCAGAUUUUGAGAAUUUCACCGCUUUCAUGCGUCAAUUCUCUCAGUUCCAGGCACAUCUUGGCAGAUCUAGUUCCUCUUCUGCAAUUUCUGAUCCGAUUAGCCCUUAUUUUCUUCAUCCAAGAGAAAGUCCUGGAUUGGCUCUAAUUCCGCUUAAAUUGACACCUCAAAAUUAUUAUCAGUGGUCGCACGAUAUGUGGAGAGCACUCAGAUCGAAGAACAAGGUGAAAUUCCUCGAUGGAUCCAUUCUAAAACCAGGUGAAGGUGAUCCUAAUUUUGAAGCAUGGGAUAGGUGUAACAAUUUUCUCCUCUCCUGGAUCAACCUCUCUCUCAGCCCUGAAAUCGCUAAGAGCGUGAUGUGGAUUAGCUCAGCUCCAGACUUGUGGAAUAAUUUAAAACGUCGUUACUCACAGGGAGAUGUCUUUCGAGUUGGUGCGUUAAAAGAAGAAUUGUAUGCACUCAAACAAAGUGAUCUUACUGUUACCUCUUACUUUGCUAUGUUGAAAGCUAUUUGGGAAGAAUUAGAAAAUUUACGUGCUAUUCCUAGUUGUGUUGCUUGUGUUAAUGGAUGUUCAUGUGGAUUACGAAUUGUUCGAGACUAUGCUUCUGAGGAAUAUGUUGUCAAAUUCUUAAAAGGAUUGAAUGAGCAAUAUUUAAAUGUUAAAUCACAAAUCAUGCUAAUGAAGCCGUUACCUGAAAUCAACACAGUACUAUCUAUGUUAACCCAACAAGAGCAAGAAUUGAAUUGUGACCCGUCAAAUAGCAACAUAGUGACUAACUCUUUAGAGGUGCAAACCUCAACUGGAGGCGGUUCAUUUUCUGGAAGAGGCAGAGGCCGUGGACGAAAUUCAGGCAGAGGAGGAAAUCAAAAAUCUUAUAGUCGAGGCUACACUUCAAAGUUUUGUAGCUACUGUAAUCGAAUUGGUCAUUUAGCAGAGACAUGCUAUAAGAAAAAUGGCUUUCCUACUCACCAAAAGCAGCGAGUAGCCAAUCAACUUAGCACUGACGAGAUAGUUGAGAAUUCUAGUGCUGAGAUUCCUGAUUCUAACCAUGAUAAAAAGAGCGAUGAUACAGUACUUGUGUUGACUCCAGAUCAGAAGGAAACCUUACUAGCACUCCUUCAAUCAAUUUUGACCCUUUUGCAUUCUUUUAUAAUAACUCUGCACAUACUUCUUCAUAUGAGCAUACUCAUGGCAUAA